GACUGGGACCCGCGAGUGAGCGACCGGCGGCGUCAUGGCUGGAGCGCUCCGAAUGUCGUCCGACUCUCCGCUGAUGUACGACGACGUGAGUCCCCUGCAGAUGAUGAUUGACAGCUACAUCCCUCCCGUGGACGUCAAGUCCGAGCCCUACGAGACAGCGCACGGACCCUACAUCCAGAUCAUCGAGGAGCCCAAGCAGCGAGGCUUCCGCUUCCGCUACGAGUGUGAGGGCCCGUCUCAUGGAGGCCUGCCUGGAGCGUCCAGCGAGCGCAACCGGAGGACCUACCCCACUGUGAAGGUCAACAACUACGUGGGUCACGCCCGGGUGGAGGUCCAGCUGGUGACCCACACAGAACCUCCUCGUGUUCAUGCCCACAGCCUGGUGGGACGCCACUGCACUGACAACGGAACCUGCACCCUGGACAUCGGACCCAACGACCUCACGGCCUCGUUCAGUAACCUGGGGAUCCUCCAUGUGACCAAGAAAAGUGUGGUGGAGGUCCUCACCCGACGCCUGCGGGACGAGAGGAAGCGGCAGCGGGUCCAAGGUCACAUGACCGAGUCCGAGGAGAGCUCCGUCCUGAAGGAGGCGCAGGAGCUCGGCAAAGUGAUGGACCUGAACAUCGUUCGCCUCAAGUUCACCGCCUUCCUGCAGGACAGUAACGGAGGCUUCACCCGAGCGCUGAAGCCCGUGGUGUCCAACCCCAUCUACGACAGCAAAUCUCCCAACGCUUCCAACCUGAAGAUCUCCCGCAUGGACAAGAGCUGCGGCUCCGUCCUGGGCGGAGACGAGAUCUUCUUGCUGUGCGACAAGGUCCAGAAAGACGACAUCGAGGUCCGGUUCUACGAGGACGAGGACGGGGGCUGGGAGGCCUUCGGAGAGUUUUCUCCCACCGACGUUCACAAGCAGUACGCCAUCGUCUUCAGGACUCCGCCCUACCGCAGCGCCGAGAUCCAGCGUCCCGUCACCGUCUUCCUUCAGCUGAAGAGGAAGAAGGCGGGCGACUGCAGCGACCCCAAACACUUCACCUACGUCCCGCAGGUCCACGAUAAAGAAGAAGUCCUGAGGAAGAAGCAGAAGCCGCUGCCUCACUACGAGCCCUGGGGCGGGGGCUUUGGAGGCGGAGCAGCCGGAGGAGGAGGGGGGGCGGCGGGGGGUCCCGCCGGAGGAGGAGGAGGAUUCCAGUUCCAGCAGGCCAACGGCUCGCCGCCCUUCUACUCCACGUUCAACGGCUUUGGCGGCGGCGGGCCUCAGAUGUCAGGCCACGCCCCGGUCACGGGGCGCCGCGCCGCUCUGGAGCAGCGGCUGGCUCAGAUCGCAGCCGCCCUCAGCAGCCGCCCGUCGCUCGCCGCCCUCCUGAGCUACUGCAGCACUGGCGACGCGCGCCCCCUGCUGGGCCUGCAGAGACACCUCUGCGGCGUUCAGGACCAGAACGGAGACACGCCCCUGCACCUGUCCGUCAUCCACCAGCAGGGGGCCGUGGCCCAGCAGCUGAUCCACACGCUGGUCACCAGCCGCCAGCUGGACGUCCUCAACACGCCCAACCACCUUCGACAGACGCCGCUCCAUAUCGCCGUGGUGACGCGGCAGGCCAGAGUGGCGGAGAUGCUGCUGAGGGCCGGCGCCGACCCCAGUCUGCUGGACGAGCAGGGCCGCAGCGCCGUGCACCUGGCGGCACUGGGCGCCGACGUGGCCACGCUGCGGGUCCUGCUGGCUCACCUGGGCGAGGCUCACGCGCACCUGCUCAACGCCGCCGACUUCCACGGGCUCCGGCCGCUGCACCUGGCGGUCCGGCGCGACGGCGAGCGCUGUCUGCGGCUGCUGGUGGAGGGAGGAGCCAAAGUCAACGCGCCCGAGCAGUCCGGCGGCCACACGGCCCUCCACCUGGCCGUCCGCGAGAACCUCUUCAAAGUGGCGUGCACGCUCAUCACCGAGCUCAACGCCGACGUCAACGUCUGUACGUUUGGAGGCAACUCCUCGCUGCACCUGGCGGCGGGUCUGGGCUCGCCGACGCUGUGCUCGCUGCUGAUCGCUGCAGGUGCGCUGGAAAACGUGGAGAACGACGAGCCGCUGGAUUCCAGCUCCGACGAGGACCCAGAGGCUCCGCCCACUCCAGGCGAGCGGCACAGCAGAGGCCACACCCCGCUGGACCUGGCUACCUGUCAGAAGGUGCGAAACCUGCUGAAGUCGCGGCGCCACCUCAGCAGAAAGGUCCGAGGAAGCGAGCCAGCUCCGCUGCCCGUUGGCGGCGACCGCUCCGUCCUGGAUGAUGCCACGCUGAGCAGGCUCGCCGACGUGCUGCGCUCCAAGAACGUGUCGUGGAGGAAGCUGGCGGAGAAGUUGGGGAUGGCGACGCUCACUCACCUCUACCAGAACAGUAGCGCCCCCUGCCACCAUCUGCUGCAGCACUACAAGCUGGGCGGCGGGCCGGUCAGCGGCCUGGUGGAGGCCUUCGAGUCCUUCGGUUUGACGGAAGGAGUGCGAUUGAUCUGCAGCGCCGACAGGGCGGAGGACAAGCUGGCGGCAGACGCGGCAGUGGACAGUGGUUUCGGCAGCCAACCCGUGGACGAGGAGCCCGACGCAGCCAACCAGGGAUGAAGGUUCCGCUGCAGAUGGGGGGAAGUGGAUGUUGAUCAGAUCUACCAAAAUAAAAGUAUUUUUUUCUA